AUGUCGGCCGUGAUCUUGGGAUCUCAGACAAUGUAUGAUAAAGAGCGCACGCUACGGCGAGCACCGUCACGAUUCACUUCACUGUCCGAGGGUGAAAUGCAACAAAUUUUGACAGAAAGACACUCUAGUAAAACCAAACAAAUGACAAACUGGUCUGUUUCAACCUUCAAAGCUUGGUGUAACGAGAAACAAAUACAAACUUCGAUGGAAAACAUGACGGUAGGACAACUGGACACAAACCUGCGCCGGUUCUAUGCCGAGGCGAGGAACAAAUCCGGAGAAUCCUACAGCAAAUCCUCUCUCCUUGGUUUCCGGCACUCUUUUGAGAGAUACCUGAAUGCACCACCCCUAGGCAGAGGGCUCAAACUGAGUUCAGUUCCUCGAUUUAAACGAUCAAAUGAAAUGUUAAACUCUCAGAUAGUCCGCUUGAAGCGCCAGGGCAAGGAAAAUGUCACCCACAAGCCAGCCAUAGAGAGCGAAAACUUAAUGAGGUUGAGAGCCGCGCCAGCCAUUGCACUGAGUAAUCCACUCGCCCUCCUCCGCAAUGUAUGGUUUCACGUUAUUUUAUUCUUUUUUCGGAGAGGAAGAGAAGGUCAGAGGCUGCUGAAAAAAACGAGCUUCAAGUUUGAAGUUGAUGCGUCGGGAAGAAGAUUUGUCACAAUGGCGCAUGAUGAAGCGACAAAAAACCAUCCUGAAGGAGUGACUGAUGUAUCCAGCAACGAGAAAUUGCCAAGAAUAUAUGAAACACCUGAAGAGAACGACGGAUACAAAGCUUUGAAGUAUUACAUGGCCAAACUCAAUCCUCGGUCCGAUGCUUCCUUUCAGUAUCCGAGAAAGAAUUCUAAGUGGAAUUAUGACGAUAAAGUUUGGUUCGACGCCCGACCAAUUGGUGGCAACAAACUCGACGGGAUGAUGAAAAGCAUCAGUGAGGAAGCAGAACUCUCCAAAAUGUCCACCAACAACAGCGUCAGAGCCACCGAAAUCACCUUAUGGUCGAAUGCUGGUGUAGAGAACUGCCGCAUAAUGGCAAUCUCUGGUCACCGUAGCGAACAGAGUCUUACAUUACAACACGCAGCCCCCGACAUCACAGCUCCGCACCUGCAGCGAAGUCCUUUCGAAAAGCUUGACCUCUGA